CAAACAUGGAUCUAUUUUUAGAAUCAAUAGUAAAGUAGUGUAGUCAAUGAACAGAAAAUUCCCACAACGAGGAAUUUGAUUUUGACGGACACAGUUGCAUGUUAUAGCAAAUAUUUCAUAUUUUUAAAGGAUAUUUUGGAAAAAUUGCGAAACUUAGCGAGGUCAACGGCAUCAUUGACGAAGCAGACGACUCCAACGGUUCCAUACAUACACAGAGAGGGAGGAAAACAUGGCAGAAUUUGAUUCUCUGAGUUUCGCUCUGUUAAUCCCGUUUGCAAUUUGUUUUGUUUUAGUAUUUAUCGUUUGUUGCUUUGCUGACGAAAUUAAAGACAUAUGCCGGAUGCCGAAUCCUUUACCAAGCAGUUACUUAGCUGUAGAGCGCGCUCGCCCCAACCGACGCAGCAGCAGACGACAAAUCCGUCAAGGUCGUCCUCAAAAUGAAGAAGUUAGAAACCUUAUUCUAAGCGAGGAAGGUAGAAGUCGGAAUGUAUCCGAAAGCUCUGCUGAUUAUAAUCAAGUCACUAGCUUGUUAGCAAGUUCAAACUUCAGCAUUGUUAGGCAACCAGGUGCAAGUUUACAUCAGAACGUGAUGAUGUUACCACAGACGACAAUUCCAGCCAGAAGUCAGACGACACUUCAAACCGGAAGUCAGACUGUACUUCAAACAGGAAGUCAGAGAUUUAGAAUUCCUAGCACAAACUGUAUCGUUUCUCGCCCUGAAGUGCACGGAAGCGUAGCACAACCAGGAACGCAACGGAUCAUUAUACAACCACUAGGCCAGUUUGCGGCUCAAAACACUAGCAGAAAUAAUAGCAAAAACUUCAGCAGAAACUUAGCCAUUCAUGCCAGCACAUCGAGUAAAGACAUUGGUUCGUGUUUAAAACGCGAUUCAAAUUCACGUGAGUGUGAGUCAAAUACAAACAAAAGCCAAAGAGCGGACUUAAAUAGAAAUGGUUCAGCACCACAGCUGUUAAACAAUUAUCUCAUUAAUGGAUCAACGAAUACGCCAAAUGCGUUGAAUUCGCAUACAUCAAACACUGUGAGUUCGCAUACGUCAAACAGUUUGAGUUCGCAUACGUCAAACACUUUGAGUUCAGAUGCGUCAGACACGUUGAGUUCUCAUACUACGUCAAACACUUUAAGUUCAGAUGCAUCAAACGCGUUGAGUUUUUCAAAACAAGAAACAAAAAGCAGUCAAAGUGAUCAGUCAAGAUGAUGCAACUGCUAAAACUUGAUUUAUUGUGCGUUAUUUAAAAUGCCAGUUGAAGGAGUCUCAGUGAAAAUGCGUUAAAAGGACAACCUUUCUGGAUUGCAGGUCAUGACAUCUUGGUCAUGCCAAGUGUUCUACGUUGUUGAGAGUAUUUAAGACACUGCAGUUACACCCAAAAACGUUUGAAACAAAAAGUUUUGUUUACAAGUACAGUAAGUCUGUCAUGAAGAUACAAUUCAAUCGUACAGUUUGUUAGGCAUAACUAUAAAGAACAGACAUUUUCAAGAGUUUAUGAUAACUGUUGCAAUCAGUAUGCAGCUUUUCAUUUGUAUGUUUUGGAUUUUUUCUAUGAAGAACAUUAAAUAUAGCUGUACUGGCAUGUUAGAUCCAGAUAUAGGCCUUACUUUUGACUCAAAAAUGCCAAAAAGAUUGUUUUUACGGCACAGAUUUAUAAAGAUCAGCUUCAGUGUCAUGAAUUGAUAAUAAUACUGCAGUGGAUUGAUUAAGAAUAAUCAUUUGUUCCUAUAUUUUACAAAGAAAAUAAAACGGAGCGGCCAACCCACGCGAGUUUUGGAUACCGUACAUGGGAGAAAAUGUCCCGAUUCAGGAGCGUCGAAUACAGUAAAAUGAGUGUUUUAUCCGCAUAAAACGUCUGCAGUGAGUUCUAAACGGCAACUGCAUAAGUGUGUAUGUUAUCUACACAGUUCAGGAAAAGCAGGUGGCUAAAAUGUUUGAGAACAGUUCUAAGAACAGAUGACAGACAGUGUGGAAGAAAACACUCAUUUUGCUGUCUUCGACGUACUUUAUUUUAUUAAAAUUCGUCAAGUAACAGAAGUACAGGCAAAAUGUUACCGAACUCUAGGCUUUUCUCCGUGUGUACGGUAUCAAUAUUUCACGUGGGUUGACCUCCCUGGAAAAAACACUGGUAUACUAAAUAUGCUAAACGAUGAACAAAGAUAACUCGGAUCUGCCAGUGCUAGAGAUUCCAUUUGAAUUUUUGUAGAUCAUCUUAUUAUAAUGAAAAUAUUUUUUUCUAAUUAUGUUGCUUGUAUAUUGUCAUAAAAUUGUGUAAUAUUAGCAUAUUGUUGUGAUAUAUGUAUAUUAUCAAAUAUUUAUUACAGUGACAAAUCAUUUAAUUGCUUUUGUAGACAUUCACAUCUUUUCUUUGUUCUAUAAAAAAGUGUUUCGAUACGGUAAUUGGACAGGGUACAUGUACAAUUUCAUUUGGUACUUUAUUUUUUUAUUAAUGGUACAACAAAAACAAAAUGAUUCAAUCAGAAUUUUAUUUUGAAUUUUAACACAAAAUUUUCACAUGUAGGCCUGCACAUAAUGGUAUUUCAGUCUAAUACAAAUGUCCUAAAUCUAUUACAUAUUUUAUAUUUUCCUUAAACAAUGUAGAUUCUGUACGAUUUCAGUGCUUAAUAUGUUUUAUUAUUUAUACUAUCAUGCCACAAGUAAAAACGUUAGCUUUGGAAUAAUUAAUUAUCUGAAAAUAUUUUUAUUUAUUUUUUGUUUAAAUUUAAGGAGAAAGGCAGCUAUAUAUUAUUAUUUUCCCCAUUUGCCUAACAUCUAUACAAAGAGCAUGACGUCACAACUUUCGUCAUAUAUUUCAUUAUUAAUGAUGUCAGUGUGAACCCCUUGAGUAUUUAUAUUCAUGUAAAAUGUAUUAUUCAGAGCUAAUUUAUUAUUUCAUUCAUUUAAAUAAAACAAUAUUACCCUAACCGUUGAAAUUUUAGUGUAGAGGUAAAUUGCAUUUUAACUACAAAGUACUAUUUAUGCAUAUAUGAUAUGAAAUCCUAACAGUUCUGUCAUGUAGAUAAAUGUAUGUGUACUUUCCAUCCUGUUUAAAAGCAAGCCUGUUCUAUCCACAUACAGAGAAGAAGAAAAAAUAAAUGUAACAAGGCUAGCUCUCACACAAUAGUUUGUUUUAUGUUAUAUUUAUCUGUGAUAUAAAAUUGGAAAGAAG